UGGGAAGAGGCAGGUGGAAAGCCACCACCUGUGAUGGGGGACCUACCAACAGCUAUAGUUAUAGACAAUGGGUCCGGGCUGAUCAAAGCAGGCAUAUCUGGGGACAAGGAGCCUCGUUUCAUCUACACCAAUGUGACCGGACGGCCCAAGGUCAAGGCUGUGAUGCUGGGGGCUGGCCAGAAGACCCUCUACAUUGGAGAUGAGGCACAGGCCAAGAGAGGGAUCCUCUCCAUCAGGUACCCAGUGGAGCAUGGGAUUGUUACAUCCUGGGCAGAUAUGGAAGCUGUGUGGAAGAACGUCUACGAUAACGACCUGAAGAUAGCGGCGAGUGAGAAGCCAGUACUGUUGACUGAGGCACCACUAAACCCACUCACUAAUCGAGAACAUAUGACUAAAGUGCUCUUUGAGCGCUUCGAGGUGCCGUUCAUGUAUGUGGCUGUCCAGGCUGUGCUGGCUCUUUAUGCUUCAGGCUACACCACAGGCUGUGUGAUGGACUCUGGUGAUGGUGUCACCCACAUUGUACCAAUCUUUGAGGGCUACUGCUUGUCCCACGCAGUUCUGCGACUAGACGUGGCUGGCCGUGACCUCACAGACUACCUGAUGCGGAUUCUGAAGGAGAGCGGUAUCUCCAUGGUCAGCACGGCUGAGAGAGAAAUUGUACGGGACAUGAAGGAGACCCUGUGUUACGUAUCCCUGAACCCACAGGAGGAGAUGGCUAAAAAGCCUGCCGAGGUGGAGAAAACAUACAGGCUCCCCGAUGGGCAGAUCGUUAAAGUCCAUAACCAAACUUUCCGUUGUCCCGAGACCCUCUUCCGCCCAUCAAACAUCGGUAUGGAAGCACCAGGGAUUGACAAGCUCUGCUUCAACUCCAUCAUGAAGUGUGACAUUGACCUGAGGACCUCCUUUUUCUCCAACAUCAUCUUGUCUGGUGGUUCCAGCCUCUUCCCCGGCAUGCCUGAACGCUUGCACAAAGAGUUGGUUCGCAUGGUCCCCGCAGACACGGAGGUGAAGAUCGUGGCUCCCCCCGACAGGAAGCUCUCUGUUUGGAUGGGUGGCUCCAUCCUCUCUUCCCUCUCUGCCUUUGAGAAGAUGUGGAUCACCAUGGCAGAGUACAAGGAAGUGGGGCCUAACAUAGUGCACAGAAAGUGCUUCUAAAACCCAGGUGUUUUUAAGGAGAUGCGGCCAAACGUGUGAUAAGAACAGAAAGGCGCUCCACGGUGCUGAGCCCAAAGCAACGGUGGCUUAUGCCA